AUGUCAAUCAUGUGGGUAAUCACACCUGCAGUAUUCUUGAACAUCACAGUUACUUACUCCGCAUACUACCAAGCAGCCACAAUAUGGGUCGACCACGACUGCACAACACUCCUCAAGAGAAAUUGGAAGCAGCUCGCCGCUAUUGAAAAAUAUAUUAUGACAGUUCCAAGCACAAAGCAAAAUAUUGUGCACGCCAACGUGCAAAUGUGGUCUCUCAGGACAUUACAGACCUUCCACCGAUGUCUCGCAGAUUUACAAGAUUGUAGCAAAGGACAUUCACGCAGGAGUGGCAGUCAGAGGAAGGAUAACAUGGUAGAAGCAGAGGCUACACUCAGCCGCCUCGUAAAAGGUUCCUCCUCAGAACUUCUGGACGACUUAGUCCAACAUAUCAGGGCCACUGCACCCAUCGAGCCUUGGAUUCAGUGCAUCCAGACUUUGCUGGACAAUGUAGACAGACUGAGAGAAGAGGUUCAGGAGUGUCAUUGUGUGACUCUCCAACACCAUGGUGUGGGGAAGGAGUUGCGUCUGGUGGAGUUCACUGCCGGAAGGGUGGCCACCUUCACAAAAGUCUUAGAGGACAUUCUCAUGCAUGCUAUGGCUGAUCCACGCAACCUACUCGAACACCACACGCGAGUCUGCUUAAAUUGGCGAUCGGACAUGUUCUCAAGCGUGUUCUUGCAGUGA